AGAUUUCAUAAAUGUACUACUGUAUUGCACCCUGAAGCAGCGAAGCUUGGCCGCGAUGAUUUCUGGCGAUAUCAUCGUGGACGACCCCAUGUUGCUCCAAGGCAUCGCCAGGAGAAAGAGCCUGGAGAUCAUGGAGCACCUGGAGGGCACCUGGGAGGGUGACGGAGUUGGUGAGUAUGCUCCCCAUUUGUCCAAGUUUCCUUUCGAACACAAACUAGUCAUUGAGAAGGACAUCAUCAAGAUGUCCACUACGAGCAGUUCUUUGGGAAGCUAUGCAUGUGGACUAGUUUCUUGACCUGCCCGCAGGUCCAUUGCGAAACACAAAGAGACCAAAGAGGGCUUGCAUAUGGAGACUGGCUUCCUUCGCUUCUUUCCAGAAGCCAUUGACCAUGGGAAGUUGGAGAUGACAUGCACCUCCUCUAAUGGCCUGUCAGAGGUGAAUGAGGGGACCUACACGCAGGACUCUUUUGAUGUAUGGACGAGAUACAAUGGCAUCACACGGGCUCAAAAUGCCACACGGCCCUAUGUCACGGAGGUCCGGCGGAUUUGCGAGCUGCGGCCGUCGAGCGAGCCCUUGAGCAUGGAGUAUCGCGUGGAGAUGGCGACGGAACGAACUGCUAUGCAGCCGCACCUCCUCUCCCGUUUGAGGAAGGUGCCCGAGCAUUUGCAGAUUGAGAGGUAGAUCCAGCAUAUCCAGUAGGCACUGGGUAGCCGAUCCAUGACAGAGUGCUUAAGGAACUAAUU